CUCGAGUUUUUUGGGAGGAGCAAAGGGGAGAGGAGUCACGUGGGAGGGGACGGCGACAGCAGUGGCCGCCAUCUUCCCGCUCGCAGCAAAUUACAAAAUGGAGGACGGCCCCGGGCCCAACGUCUCCGCACCCCUCCUCGCGGCCGCCGCCGCCGCGACGGACCUCAUCCACAUCCAGAUGGUGUUCCGUGAGCCGCCCACUGUCAGGCGCUCCGUGUUCGCCUUCCUCCUCCUCGUCUACGCCCUCACGCUGGCGGGCAACUCGCUGCUGUGCCUCGCCAUCGCCCGCGACCGUCGUUUGCACAAGCCCAUGCACCUGCUCGUCGCCGCGCUGGCCGUCACCGACCUGGUGGAGAACACCAACGCGCUGCCGCGCACGAUGUACGACCUCGUCGGCGACUCCCCCCGCAUCUCGGCGCCCUGGUGCAUUGCCAAGAUGUUUGCCUACCACGUGUCCUUCCGCGUGCACGGCUACAUCCUGGCGGCCAUGGCUGCCGACCGCUACCUGGCGGUGUGCCGACCGCUCGCCUACCGCGGCGCGGCAUCCAACGCCGUCGCCCUCAGGGCCCUGGCCUUCGCCGUCGCGCUCGCCGCCGCCCAGAGCCUCGGCAACGUCGCCAUCGCGGUCGAUCUCGACCUGUGCAAGCCGCGCUCGUUGAUCACGUCCACGUGCGACUUCCUGGCCCUCAGGGUGCUGUCCUGCAACCACGUCGCCCUCGGGCAGGCGUACACCUACGCCAUGUCGGUGGCGGGCAUAGCGCUGCCUCUGUGCGCCAUCGCGGCUUUCUACGCGCUCGUCCUGCACGAGUGCCGCAAGCCGGCGCUCCGCCGCGGCCGGAACAAGGCCCUGCGCACGUGCGGCACCCACCUCGUGGUGGCGGCCAUUUACUUCGGCGCCAUCCUCGCGACGGUCGCCAGCGGCACGGGGGGUGGCACCCCGUCGUCCGCGGCGUCGCCGGAGCUGAGCGUGUCGCUCCAGAGCCUGCAGUUCGUCCUGCCGCCGGUGCUCAACCCCAUUGUCUACGGCCUGCGGACGGCCGAGGUGAAGGAGAGCCUUGUGAGGUUCUUGCGAAGCCGGGUUAGGCCUGCGAAGCCUCUCGCCCCUCUGCGGGAAGACACGAGGAUCGGGUAGCCCUCUCAGCUCCCCGCGGGAUGCGCGGUACCACGUACACGCGGACGCAUAAAUAACACCCGACCACCUCUCUGGUGCCGGAUGAUAACGCCGUGAUUGAUGUGACCAACGCCAUAUGAGGAAUGGCCAAUUCCAAUUGGCUUUUUCCCUCUUCAUGCUUUUAGCCACCACAGCCGCGAAUGGGGUCUCUGGACGCGUGCGAGAGUCUGGUAACCCCUCGACCUUCAAUUCAAAUACCGCAAAAAGACGUGUAAAAAAUCUAACUAAGCGUGUCCCGGAGGCCACAGUUGGACUCAUUUCAUACCCUCGGGGUUGCUCCAGGAAUGGUAAAAAAAUUACUGCAAGUGGCAAUGUUGAAUGUUCAAACGCUCAAAGCGCAGGAGAGCUGCCACUCCUCUGUCGGGAUCUGGACCGGUACCACCUGGAUCUCUGCGGCUUUCAUAAGGUACGGUGGACUGGAUCUGGCUCCAAUCACCAUGAGGGGUGGACAGUCCUCUACUAUUGCAGGAGACUGCCAAACAACAGGGAGUGGCUCUUCUUCUAAACAAAAAACAUGAAGGGGGCAUGGGAGCGUGGAGGUGAUGUUUGGGAAGCUGUAAGCCCCAGGCUACUGUGGGCUCGCCUUUGCUAUCAACAGGAGGUGAGGGAUGGUGGCGGUUGCUUACGUCCCUACAGAAGGAGGAAUGCAGGCAAGGCCGAUAUGUUAGACGCCUUCUAUGACACUCUUUGGUUCUUUCAGUAAAGUCACGUAGGUAUAA